CUAAAACCUUACCCUCUUAAUAUACUUCAGAAAACCUUCCCUUGGAUCUUGUUCGCAAACAUAGUGCAAGUGUAAGAGCACUGCCGCCUUUCCCUCCCCUCUCCUCUGGUACAGCUGUGCGCCUCCCGUCGAUCGUCCCUCUUAUCUUCACGCUGUCAACGCCGUUGCUCCGCUUGGUCCUCGACGUUUUGUCCGCUGGUCCAGUCCUGCCGUUCGGUGCUGCUCCUCGCCGUGUCCUCUGUCACUGCAGCUGGCAUUUCUUGGCUUGUUAAGCAAUGGUGAAGAGAGGAAGGAAUCAAAAGAAGGUUAAGAGGAACUCUAAGCGAAGUUCUCAUGAACACUUUCACCCUAAAGACAUGGAGGAUGAAAUUGAUGCUUUUCACAAGCAGAGGGAUAUUAUUCCACUGGAUGUAAACGGUGAUGAUGGAGAAUCAACUGAUGAUGACGAGGAGCCAGUCUUUGAUGAUGAGGAUAUUGAUAAUGAUGAUGGUGAUGAUGAGGAAGAGGAUGAUGAUGCUUAUGAUACUAAAUUUGCUUCAAAAAUUAGAAAGCAGCAAAAAUAUUUCAAAGAGAAGUUUGGUGCAAUGGGUAAUGAAAUUCAUGAUGAUGAAGAUGAAAAUGAUGAAGACAAGAAGGAAGUAUGGGGUGGAAAGAAGCCUCAGUACUAUGGUGGUCACGACUAUGAGGGCGACUCAAGUGAUGAUGAGGCACUUAAAGAAGAAGAGGAAGAGAUUUUGAGAAUGCAGAGGGAGAAGGCAAAGAAUUUAUCAAUGGAAGACUUUGGGCUUGAAAAUGUUGGUGAAGAUGAGAACAAUAGGGAAUUAACCUUGGAGGAACUCUCAGUUAAAGGAAAAAGCAAAACGAGAGAUUCAUUGAUCAAAGAGGUGGAGGACAAUGUGGACACUUUUGAGGAGGUUAAAAAAGACUUGAAUGCUUUGUCUAGAGAGGAGCAAAUGGAUGUUGUUUAUAGUUCUGCACCAGAAUUAGUCGGUUUGCUUUCUGAGCUAAAUGAUGCACUUGAACAGCUUGAAAGCAGAGUUAAUCCCCUUUUGAGCACGGUUAAAAUGGGUGGAACUAGACUGGAAGGUGCAGUACGCUAUUUGGAGGUGGAGCAACUUCUUUUACUAGCUUACUGCCAAGCCAUAACAUUCUAUCUUCUUCUCAAGUCUGAAGGGCAGCCAGUCCGUGAUCAUCCUGUUAUUGCUCGUCUUGUAGAGAUCAAGGGUUUAUUAGAUAAGGUGAAAGAGCUUGAUGGAAAUCUUCCAUCAGAAAUUGAAGAGUUUCUCAAGAAAAAUUCUGAGGCUGAAAAAAAGAAGAAUAAAGUUAGCAAGAGUGAUGCACUUGCAUUUGCAUCUGAAUCCGUCAGAAAAGAUUGUAGCUCUUCUCUUGCAUUAGCUGAACCUGAUGCACAAGAACCAGCAGAGCCUUGUAGCACACGUGAAUUGGUGAAAAUGGAGACUUCAGAGGAUCAUGUUAUCAAAAAGAAAAAACAUAAACGCAAGAUUGAUGAAGUAGGUUUUCAGAGCCUGGAAAUGUUAAAAGUAAGAGCUGCGCUCGAGGAAAAAUUAAAACAGAAUGGGGUUUUUAGUUCCUUUGCUCCAAAGCCUAAUAAAGCAAAGAAGCAUGCAAAAUCAGUAAAUGGACAACUUCAAACAUAUGAUGAUUUCAACGACGAUGCUUUAGAUGUUGAGAAAGGAAAGCAUGGGUUGAGUAAUGGGCAUACAAGUUUUAUGAGUUCAAAUAAAAUCUCACAGCUUGUUUCUGCCAGACCUAAUAAACCAAAGGUCAUUUCUGGGGACGAUGAUUUGCCCAAGAGAGAUGAUAUUGGCGAAAGAAGAAGGAAGCAUGAGCUCAAAGUGUUGGCAGGUGCUGGAAUCAAGUCUGAGGACGACGCUGUAAAUGAACCUGGCACACUUGAGACUGAUGAAGGCUCUGACAUGGAGGAGGAUAGUGAUCCAGGAGUUUCAGAAGAUGAAUUCUACAGAGAAACAAAGCAAAUAAGGGAUGCAAAACUAGCUGCUAAAGCUAAAAUAUAUGCAAGGAACCCAUCAAUCCCAUCUUUGCCUGAAACAGUCGAUGGAAAAAGGCAAAUCACUUACCAGAUCGAGAAGAACAAAGGUCUGACGCGUCCACGUAAAAAGGACUUGAAAAAUCCAAGGAAGAAAUACAGGACAAAGCAUGAUAAACAAGUGAAGCGACGCAAAGGCCAAGUGCAACAGGUCAAGAAACCUAUUGGUCCUUACGGUGGUGAAACGUCUGGAAUCAACGCAGGAAUUAGUCGGAGCAUCAGAUUUUGAAACCAAGUUGAAUUCAAGUCUUUUCAUAUUCUAAAUUUCAAAAAUGGCUGCGUAUCUUCUCAAAAGCUUAUGCUGGGGUAUCAAAAUUUUGUCGCCCAUCUCUUCCUUUCCACAAUCUGAAUAUUUGCGGAUAACUUUUACUAUAUCUAUUAACUUUUAAAUUA